AUCUGUUUAAAUCCGAAGCUACCAAUGUUGUCAAGCCCACAGCUUUAUAUAAAGUGGAGCCCUACCGGCACGGUUCCAAUGAUAACUUCGGUAUGAACCCACUCGAUGCACACCGGAGCCUGGAACCGCCCGACCGAACUGGAUCCAAUGACGAAAUAGCUCGCCCCCUCUAAGCUCUGAAUGAGGUCAUGAAUGUAUUUGUUCAUGCCAGGCUAUAUAUAACUCGUUGUUCCAUUCAUACCAUCCCGUCAAGGCUGGAAUUGAAUUCCAAUCACCAGGCAAUUGCAAUCCCCUUACCAUCAUAACUCUAACCCAGCACAACAACAAAAAUGUCCUCCGGCGUAUCCUUUAAAACAAACAACGGCGUCACGAUUCCCGGCGUCGGUUUCGGUACUUUCGCCAACGAAGGCUCCAAAGGCGAGACGUACAAGGCUGUCUGUCAUGCCUUGAAAGUCGGCUACCGCCACCUCGAAUGCGCCUGGUUCUAUGCCAAUGAGGAUGAAGUAGGACAGGCGAUUCAAGAUUUCCUGAAAGAGAACCCGUCGGUUAAGCGGGAGGAUCUGUUCGUGACGACAAAGGUGUGGAACCAUCUGCAUCGGUAUGAUGACGUUUUGUGGUCGUUGGAAGAUUCAUUGAAGAACUUGCAAUUGAGCUACGUGGAUUUGUUUCUGGUGCAUUGGCCCAUUGCCGCUGAGAAGGAUGAGAACCAUCAGCCGAAGCUUGGUCCAGACGGAAAGUACAUCAUCCUUGAAGAAUUGACAAAGAACCCCGAAGAAACCUGGCGAGCAAUGGAAAAGAUCUACGAAUCCGGUAAAGCCCGCGCGAUUGGCGUGUCCAACUGGCGUAUCGAAGGCCUCGAGUAUCUCAACAAGAUUGCCAAGGUCAAGCCUCAAGUCAACCAGAUCGAGGUUCACCCCUUCCUUCCUAAUACCGAGCUCGUCAAUUACUGCCAGAAGAACGGUAUCAUCGUCGAGGCUUAUUCGCCCCUUGGAUCCCAGAACCAAGUCCCGACGACAGGCGAGAAGGUGUCUGAGAACCCGACGUUGAAUGCAAUUGCCAAGCAGAAGGGCUGUACUUUGGCGCAGAUUUUGAUCGCCUGGGGCUUGAAGAGAGGCUAUGUGGUUCUGCCGAAGAGUUCUAACCCUGAGAGAAUUGAGUCCAACUUUCAAUCGGUUGAGUUGUCGGAGGAGGAGUUCAAGGCUAUUAAUGAUGUUGCGAAGGGAAGGCAUUUCCGGUUCGUGAACAUGAAAGAUACAUUUGGUUAUGAUAAUUGGCCUGAGGAGGCCUGAGGAAGGGUUUCAAUAAAAAGUAUUAUAGUUUCUAGACACUUAGCAACGAACUGUGAUGAUCAUUCGACUUAUUUUGGUUUUCGUAAAGGGCUGGUACAUCUAUUGGAUGUUAUCUUUGUUGAUACGUGCCUUGACCAUCGCAGUUGUCAACAAUACGGAGCUGUGCUUUGGAGCAUAAACAUACUGCACUGCAUGGUCAUGGGUCUAUGAAGCGAUCUAAUUAUCGAACGAGUCAAUGAAUUAUAAAGUUGUCUUUAUUGUCUCACAGUCAAUCAAGUUAUUCCAUUUUAAAUAUGGUAAAGAACUUCCAAUGUCACCUCGAUUCUGGUAUGCUCCAUAGUUGGAAAGACUCUCAUCUUAAGCUUCUGCUUGCAGUACUGUAAACGACGAGGAGCUUCAACGAUGAGCGUAUUUGGAAGUUUGUUGGAUAUGAGGGUGGUGUGCACCAGUGUUUCCAGAGGUCGCAUGGGAGUGAUAUGUAGACAACUUCCCUGAGACGUGUAGAUCUGAUAGCAAUGCCGGCCGCUUAAGUGAAUGAAUAGCUAGUAGCCUUUCGAAGUUGCAGGUGCGUCCAAUAGCUGAUUAAAUAUGAAAGUCCGAAACACACGACCUUUUCCGUUUCUCUC